AUGGCAAUGCUGAGCUCGGCGCCGAGGGCUGGCGCUCGCUGGCAGAAGCCCUCGGCAGCCUCCCGAAGCUGGCGGCCCUGGAUCUUGAUCUCGGCAACUGCAAGCUCGGCCGGGGGACCUGGAGAGCUGGGCGCGCCACGGGAAGUGAGAGGAUCGUCGCGCCAAGCUCUCUGCACCCUUCAUCGCUCCAGCGCUUGUGUUUUUGUGAUUUGCCAGCAGUGGACUUCCCUACACAGCCGAAAGACUGGCGGCGCUUCAGCACUUUGUGCUAUUUACUGUAGUUUGGCGUGGAUCGGCGCAGCCGACUCUUUGGAAGAGUCGUGGACCGCCCAAGGCAGUAUGGGCAUCUGCCAGCCAAUGCAGCAUGAAUCAUUGCGGAUGGCCGGGGUGCGCGGAUGUCGGGGGAGCUGGACUUGGUGCCGAGGCGCGGAGGAGGCAGCCGCUCUGGCCGGCGUGCUCGCCCGCCUCCAGGACCUGACUCGGCUGAAGCUCUACUUGAAUUUCAACGAUGAGCUCGGCCUCCAAAGCUGCCUCGAGCUCGCGGGGGCACUCCGGCGGAUCCCGGCGCUGGCCAAGCUGUGGGUCGACUUCUCAUGCUGCAUUUUGGGCAGCGACGAGGAGAAAGCGGAGCUGCGUGCGGCCCUGGAGGCACUGCCAGCGGCCGACAAGGAGAUCCAUGUCUGA